UAUUUUUUUUAACCUUUGCGAGAUCAUUAUAUGACAUCAAUGUUUUUUUUUAAAUAGAAUUCUUUUUACUACUUUUUAGUUUAGAUCUAGAUCUAGACUCUACAUAGUUACAUAAAAAAAUAUAGACUAGAUCUAGUAGAUGUAGUUAUCUUAAUCAAUGACAAAACUUAGGUCGACUUAAGUUAAAAUGUGCCAAUUCAUAUCAUUGGUUUCCUGGCUGACUCAACUCACACUCACUAAGAGUCACUUCACUCAGUGACUCAAGUCUACUGACACUAGCACAGUAGCACAUGCCACUACUGUCUCAGACUGUCUAGUCUCUUAGUCUCUACUAUUCUGAAGUAUUCACAAGACUCACAAGUAAUUGAAAUUGCGCUGGCACUAGGCUGCUGUAGCCACUAGUGUUUGCUGAAUGUCUGAGAAUGUACUAUCUCAACAUGUUAUGGGACUAUGGCUUCUCCUUGAUGGUAGCUGCUGGACUGCUGUGUUUGUUUGCAUUAGUUAACAAGAUUUAUAGGUCCAUGUUGAUUUCUGAAAACUAUGGCAACCUUGCAGUGCUAAUUACUGGAUGUGAUACAGGGUUUGGUCAUAAAUGUGCUACUCAGCUGGACACUCUUGGCUUCAAUGUGUAUGCUGCGUGCCUGACACAAGACAAAGUGAAAGAGCUGAAGUCAAAAUGUUCUUCAAAAAUGACUGCAUUCCAGAUGGAUGUAACAAGUGAGGAGUCAGUUAAAGAAGGAUUCAAUCUUGUCAAAAACUCACUAUCUUCUGACAAAGGACUUUGGGCUAUCAUCAAUAAUGCUGGAGUAGUUGGAUCAUUUGGAGCCUGUGAAUGGUUCAACAAAUCCCAUUAUCAGGAAACUAUUAAUGUCAAUUUGCUUGGGGUUAUAGCUGUGACAAAUACUUUUCUACCGCUGGUCAGAAAGUCUAAAGGCAGAAUCGUCAACAUGGCCAGUGUUGUCGGGAGGUUUUCCACCAUUCCAGCACCCUACACUGUAUCUAAAUUUUGUGUAGAAGCUUACACAGACUGCCUGCGUAGAGAAGUGGCCAAGAUGGGUGUCACUGUCCACACCUUGGAGCCUGGAGGUUACCAAACUAAUAUCACUGAUUACAAAUUACAUUCCAAGACUGCAGAUAAAGUCUUUCAAGACCUAAGCCCUGAGUUACAAGAUUAUUAUGGUAAAAACUUUCCCACUAAAUUGACAAGGUUGGUGCGCAUCUUUUUUUAUGUCCUUGUAUCCAAAAGCUUGAAUGAAGUUACUGAUGCCUACAUCCACGCUGUCACUGCACGAUUCCCAAAGACACGCUACGUUAUUGGAUUCAAUGCAAACAUCCUGUUUAGGCCACUUGCCCUUUUGCCUACUUGGCUAGCUGACAUCUGUGUGAUUAUACCAUAUCCUAAACCUCAGGGUUGCAUAUAGUUGGUAUAAAAGUUUUGAUUUAAUCUUAUGAUUGUCAAAGGGAUACAUUUUUUCUCUAUUUACAUAUCUAUUAAUACUAACAUCAAAAUGUUAUUUAAACAAUGCUUCAGUAAUUUGCAAAUGGCAGCUGUACUGAGAGUCAUAAAAUAAUUGUUUGGACCUAAUGAUUGUGAAGUGUACUAGUUAGAUUAGGCAUGAAAGUAUGACACUGACAUUGAGUUGUGACAAUUGAAUGUAACACUGACAUUGAGUUGUGACAAUGGAAUGUAACACUGACAUUGAGUUGUGACAAUGGAAUGUAACACUGACAUUGAGUUGUGACAAUGGAAUGUAACACUGACAUUGAGUUGUGACAAUGGAAUGUAACACUGACAUUGAGUUGUGACAAUGGAAUGUAACACUGACAUUGAGUUGUGACAAUGGAAUGUAGCACUGACAUUGAGUUGUGACAAUGGAAUGUAACACUGACAUUGAGUUGUGACAAUGGAAUGUAACACUGACAUUGAGAUGUGACAAUGGAAUGUAACACUGACAUUGAGAUGUGACAAUGGAAUGUAACAAUGACAUUGAGCUAUGACAAUGGAAAUUCAAAACUGCAAAACAAAGUGUUUUAUUUUCUCAACUGUUUUUGUGGUAAGUGAAUCAAAUAAAACAAAAGAAGACAAAAACUAGCAUGGAUAGGAGAAUUCUUUUUUAAAUGACUCCAAGACAAACAAACAAAAAAUGAAACUCUGUGAUAUCAACUCUAGUAGCUUAAAGUUUUAUAUAGUUAAGUUAAUCAAGCAUCAAGUUCAAUGAGCACAAUAACACUGCACUCCAGUGCAUCAUUUCUUAGACAUCUUUAGAAGUGAGAAAUUUGUUUUCAAUUUUAUUUUAACUUAAGAAGCUUAUUUCUUAAAUUUAAAUUUGUGCAAUCUUCAGUUACUUAAUUUACAAAGUCUUAAUACUUGCAAGAAAAAAAAUUCAAUUUAUGAAAACAAAGAAAAAUUUAGUUCUAUCAAAAAACAAUAACAGAAUAGGUUGGACAUUUGAACAUUUGACUGAUGAGAUAUAGCAAAGUGAAGUCUAUAUUGUUUGAAAGUGAAGUCUAUAUUGUUUGAAAGUGAAGUCUAUAUUGUUUGAAAGUGAAGUCUAUAUUGUUUGAAAGUGAAGUCUAUAUUGUUUGAAAGUGAAGUCUAUAUUGUUUGAAAGUGAAGUCUAUAUUGUUUGAAAGUGAAGUCUAUAUUGUUUGAAAGUGAAGUCUAUAUUGUUUGAAAGUGAAGUCUAUAUUGUUUGAAAGUGAAGUCUACAUUGUUUGAAAGUGAAGUCUACAUUGUUUGAAAGUGAAGUCUAUAUUGUUUGAAAGUGAAGUCUAUAUUGUUUGAAAGUGAAGUCUAUAUUGUUUGAAAGUGAAGUCUAUAUUGUUUGAAAGUGAAGUCUAUAUUGUUUGAAAGUGAAGUCUAUAUUGUUUGAAAGUGAAGUCUAUAUUGUUUGAAAGUGAAGUCUAUAUUGUUUGAAAGUGAAGUCUAUAUUGUUUGAAAGUGAAGUCUAUAUUGUUUUAAAUACUUUUUUUCAUCUCAGCAGCAUUAUUUUUUUCUCAUGACAUUUGCUUAGAAUUCCAAAAACAUUCCAACUCCCUUUUCACAUCGCACAUAGAUCCACGACUGCCUGGUCGUACUGUUGUUCGAUCGUCUUGAUCGUCCCAGGUCAUACCCGGCCCACUGCCAUCCCCCGUCAUCCUGUGGAAGGCUUAGACAAGGAAGUGAAUUAUCUUCAACUCUGAAGGAACAUCCGUAACAUGUCAAACAUUUUGGACUAGAGUGUUCCCCAACAAGCUGCCCUCCUGAGAUAUUCACCAAUAAAAAAUCAAUCAAUUAUUUCUAUAAACCUCAUGAAUACACAAAUUAAACUAACAAAUCAACUAUGCCCAGAAGUCCACCAAGCUGUGAAAUGGUGUGUAACAUUUUUUUUUGGAAAAGUUAAAAGUUUGUGGUUGAUGUGACAUUUAUAUUGUUGAACUAAAUUUACUGAACAUCUUCUGUACCAUGUGGAUGUAGGUCACAGAAAGGUGAAUGUUUCAUGUAGCCUACUUUGGGCUUACAAGUUGGACAUUUUAAUGAAAGUUUUUGAUUGGGCUACACCAUGUCCAAUGUCAAUCAUGUAUGUUAAACAAAUCAUUUCAUGUCUUGCCAAAUUUGACCAUAGAAUAAUUUGUUUUUAUGAUCUCAAGUUUGUAACACUAAUGAGAAUCCUGCAAUCCACUCUGUUUUUUAUUCAGGUAUGUAGUGAAUAGAAAAAUGAGUCUCUGAAAGCUAAUAUAGCUUAGACUUGACUCACUAUUUUUUCUUUACAUGCAUGUGACAUAUUAUAAAGUGUCACAGACAAAAUAGUGAACCUAUUGGACCUUAUACUUUGGGGAAUUCUGUGAAUACAGAGGGGAAAAUGUGUAAAUAGUGAACUUGGAUUAGGUAUUCACAGAAUUCACCUUAUAAGGUACAAUAAGUUCACUAUUUUGCCUGUGACAUAAUGGAAUAAAUAUUUUGCUAAAUAAAACAUGCAAAUUUGAUAUUAUCCAAAAUAUUAAUCAUGAAAAUGACUUAAUUCUUGAAUGAGUGUGAUAGAUGUAUAUAUAUUAUACAUUGUUCAUUGUUGGUGUUUUAUAUAUAUACAUUGGCUUACUUUAUUAAUCAGAUUUUUAAAAAAAAUAAAUAUUUGUCUUUCAUGAUGCUCAA